GCUAGCGCGAAUGCUUGUUUUACUCAUCACAUAUGGUCGUGAACUAUUCAAUUUGUGUGUUGCCACGUGUUUGUUACUAUUAUCAUAGGAGAGUAUCGUAUUAACUAUGUCUUCUCUCGUGAACAAUAGAGAAGAGGCACGACCAGUCAGCACAACCACAUAUUUCUUGGGGAUAGUGAAACAAGUCUUAUCGGGAGAUACUAUUGUAAUACGUGACAGACCCAUAAAUGGUCCACCUCCAGAACGAACCAUUAUUUUGUCCAAUAUAUCAUGUGGUCGCGUUGCUCGUAAGCCGUCGACGGGAAUUCCCACUGGAACACCAGAAGAUCCGUUUGCUUGGGAGGCCAGAGAGUUUGUUCGUACUCUUUUAGUUGGUAAAGAAGUUUGCUAUUCUGUCGAAACAGAACAGCCAUCUGGUCGCAAAUAUGGAUGUGUGUAUGUUGGGAAAAAUAUCAGUGGAGAAAAUGUUGCUUUGUCCUUAGUGGAACAAGGCUUAGCUGAAGUGAGAAAGCUAAAUCCGACAGUAGCUGCCAAAAAUAAAAUUUACCAGCAACUAGUAACCGCUCAAGAACAGGCAAAGUCACUUGGUAAGGGUCGUUGGUCUCCCAACCUCCCUGUUACAAGAGAAAUCCUUUGGUCAGUCGAGAAUACUCGCAGCUUCUUUGAGAGCUACAAAAACCGACCACUUAAAGCUGUCGUCGAAAAUGUUCGAGAUGGUUGUUCUGUACAAGUCUUCAUUCUACCUGAAUCCCUUAAUGAAAAGCCAAAUACAUUUGUAUACGUUACUGUCACAAUGUCAGGGAUUAAAUCUCCAUCGAUACGUUAUGAGGAUGGAAAAAUUGUUCCCGACGCGUGGGGUCUCGAUGCGUUAUUCUUUACCGAAUCCAGACUGCUACAGAGAGACGUUACUAUACUGUUGGAAUCCGUAUUUAAUCAAACUUUCGUCGGAAGCAUCCUCCACCCAAAUGGAAAUAUAGCUGAGUUGUUGCUGCGUCAUGGUCUUGCUCACUGUAUUGAUUGGAAUCUAAACUUAGUAAGCGUCCCAGGUGCUGCUGAAGCCUAUAAAAUAGCUGAAAGACUUGCGAAAGAAAAGCGACUACGCGUGUUUGAAAACUACCAGCCCACACAAACAACGGAAGUACAUGCAGACAGUUUUCAAACAGUUGUUCCAGGGAAAAUAUUCAGUGGAAUUAUAUGUGAAGUCGGAAACGGUGAUAACGUCUCUAUCAAAUGUUCAGAUGGUGUCCAUAAAUUCUUUCUAUCCAGCAUAAGAGCUCCACGACCACAGACCAGCAGCAAGGAAGACGAUUCUUCUGUCCAACGUGGUCGUAUUCGUCCGCUUUACGACAUACCUUAUGUGUUUGAAGCUAGAGAGGUACUUCGCCAGUUCGUCGGAAAACAAGUAACUGUUCAAGUUGAUUACAUUCAACCGAAGACAUCUAAUACUGUUGACGAACGUGUUUGUGCUACAGUGCGAGCUGAUGAUGUCAACCUUGCAUUGACCCUAGUUUCAAAAGGUCUGGCCUCUGUAGUCCGUUAUCGAAACGCUAAUGAUUCUCGUUCUGUAUUUUACGGUGAACUUCUUGCGGCAGAAGAAAAUGCACAGUCUAAGGGACUCGGAAUGUAUAGCAAACAAGAUCCCCCGAUUCAUCGUGUUGCCGAUCUCACAGGGAAUGUAGCUAAAUCUAGACAGUUUUUAUCUUUUCUACAACGUGCUGAGCGAUUGGACGGUGUGGUAGAGUUUGUAUUUAGUGCAAGCAGAUUCCGUAUUUAUAUACCUCGAGAGACAUGCGUAAUUACACUGUUGCUUGGAGGUAUUCAGUGUCCACGCCGGGGAAGAGUGGGUCCAGAUGGUGUCGCUUUACCCGAUAUGCCAUUCAGUAACGAGGCUUACACGUUUGUUAAGGAAUUGUGCAUGCAUCGUAACGUUGAAAUUAAGGUAGAAACAAUUGAUAGAGUAGGGAAUUUCGUUGGCUAUCUUUUCGUGGACAUUCCUUCUCUGUCUAACAAUGGACCAGAUAUUAACAAGUCGUCAGGCAAGAAAAAGAAAAAAAAGGUUGCCGAAACUACUGUUAGACAAAAAACAAAUCUAACUGUCUUACUAAUAUCUCAAGGUUUCGGUACUGUUCAUCGGGCUCCCACAACCGAACGAUCACCUCACUAUCACGAUAUGAUAAAAGCAGAAGAAGAUGCCAAAAUCAAUCGGUGUGGUUUGUGGUCAUCCGAUCAGUUUGUAAAGGAAUGGGAAGCCGAAGUCCAAAAUAAUUCAGAUCCCACUGCUUUGAGCGGUGCAGAGGACGGUAGUCUUAUUCCACUGACUGGUUUCUCAGAAUAUUUGGACGACUUAUCAGAACUACAACUUAAUGAAAAUAGUGAUUCGACAACUGUGAUCAAUAAUGAUAAUAUUAAGCAGUUAUCAUGGAAACCUGUUCAAAUUACCGGAAUCUCCAGACCUGCUUCUGGUAGUCAGGGUCUUCGAUUCUUCGCUCAACACUUAUCAGAUGCGUGCACCCUGGUCAAGAUUAGUCAAAUGUUGAAUAGCCAAUCAUUUCCUUCAUUCCCAUCAGAAUACUACCCUAAAAAAGGUAGUCUGUGUAUUGCAUGUUUCAGUUUAGAUAAUUGCUGGUACCGAGCACGUGUCAUUCGUAGUUCACCCAAAUCUGUUACAGUUCAGUUUAUUGACUUUGGUAAUGAAGAAGUAAUCGAUUCAGCUGAGUAUUCAUCACGUCUUUCUCCUCUUCCAUCUGGCCCACUAAUGCAACUUCCACCACAAAUGAAAGAGUAUCGUUUGGCAUUUGUUCAACUUCCUCCCGAUGCUUCCGAUCGUGUGUUUGCGGAGCGUGCUUUCUGCGACCUCGUUGAAAACAAAGAAGUAGGUGAAGUGUUUGCACUGGGUUUAUCUUUUGUUUUUCGUUUUAUAAGACUCUCAUUGAAGUACAAUGCGUAUUAAUAACGUCUGCGUACCGUUGGAUAAAAUCAAAGUAUCUAAUUCAUAACCAAAUUACAGAUAUACGCUUAGUAAUUCUUAGAUUAUGUCUGUUAUUAAUUUUGAUUCGUUCAGGUGUUUAAUACCGUACACUUCUACACGUAAAGACGGUUGAUUAUGAAUACAGUGGUCUUGAGUGCUGUUAGAGGUAUGAGGGCAGUUAUCAUUUCAAGUUGCCCACACCGUGGAAGGGUUGUUCUGUAGGUGCCUGAAAAGGAAAUUGGAUUAGAGGUGGUCUUAGUGACCUGGGAGCGUGACCGCAGUGCCCAAGGGACAACUGCUUGAGGUCGGUCACACACGACCUUUUUAUGGGUAAUUUUUGUGUUAGCUCCGUACUUGUUGAGACCUGACCGCCGGAGACGGAUAUCCGUGGGAUAAGGCGAGGUGUGUAUUUUAGGGCUCGACCUUUUGUUGGAAGACAGCAUCGCUGUCAUGCUGGUUGUCUGAAGGAAACAUCUUACUGCUGUCACACCUCUGUACAGUCAGCAGUACGACUUCGCCUUCGGACCUUGGGUUUGUUGCUUUUAGUCUUACCGCUCAUCAACCGACCUGUCUGACAUGGUAGGACCUUGAGGAACGGUUGUUCCAUCCAGUAUAGCUCGGUUGCUCCAUCACGAUAGGCAAGGCCGACCACCACGUCAAGGUAGCAACAAUGCCAGAAUGUUUGGAAUACGCUUCUCUCCCUCUAAAUGCGAGUUGUUGCUUCAGGACUGAUCUGCGUCAACACCUGAACUAAGGAUAGGGAGUGAAGUAGUCGAACGCGUUGACAACUUCACUUAUCUUGGAAGUCUGAUCAGCCCUAAUGGGUUGGUGUCUGACGAAAUCUCAGCACGGAUUCGAAAAGCUCGCUUGGCUUUUGCCAACUUACGUCACCUAUGGCGAAGGCGAGAUAUCCGUCUAUCAAUAAAAGGACGAGUAUACUGCGCGACAGUCCGUUCUGUUUUAAUUUACGGCAGAGAAACAUGGCCAUUAGGAGUAGAAGACACUCGUAAGCUACUUGUAUUUGACCACAGAUGCCUCAGAAAUAUUGCUGGCGUCUGCUGAGAUCACCGGGUAGGUAAUAGCGAGGUUAGACGCAGGGUAUUAGGGAAUGAUGGUAAAUCAGUUGAUGAGGUUGUUAAACUUCAUCGACUGAGAUGGUCGGGCCACGUGUUACGUAUGCCCGAACACCGAUUACCACGACGUGCAAUGCUAACCGGUGUUCGGGAUGGUUGGAAGAAAGUUAGGGGCGGCCAAACCAAAACGUGGCAUCAGUGCUUGAAGUCACUAACUUCUAGUCUGAGCCAUGUUGGUAGAUGCAGACUACUUGGUUGGGUUCCGCGUGACUAUCGUAACCAGUGGUUGGAGACUCUUGGUGACAUGGCUCAGAAUCGAUCGCAGUGGCGUCGGUGUAUACACUUUCUAUCUUCCCUUAAACUAAGAGAUUAAAAUCGCUUCAUAUCUUUCUUUCUACGAACUAAUUUUUUCUUCCUGUACUAUAUCCUUAUUGCAAUCUUUCUUUAGAUAUUACCACCUCUGAAUUAACUACUUUUAUGAAUUCGGUGUUCAUCUUGUUGUGUGGCAACUUUGACCGAUGCAUAUAUAUGCCUGGUCCUACGUUGUAGCUGACUGACUUCUACACGUAGCACGUAUAAAUCGAUGCGUUAUCUGAACACAUUUAUUUUGCUCACUUAUAUGCCACUUAGAUACAUUCCCUGUUAGCAUCACCCUUUAAAGCUCAGAACGGUUAUCAAAUCAUUCAAAUGAAGGCUUAUUAGUUGGGACUUGGUUUUCAACUCAGUUUUGAGCACCACUCCACCUACUGUGAUUUUUGAACAGUUGGUUAAUAUCCCUUGCACAAAGAGAUUUAAUCCCUAGCAAACCUGUAGUUGGUCCUUGCGUUUGUUCACGAAAUUCAGAUUGGAUCAAGACAUGUUCCGUGCAGGAUCGUGUUGGGGUAUGCUGAUUAACUAUUUCUUAUCCAACAAGCGCUAAUGGAUACCUGGAAGACUCUAGAAUCUCCCUAUGUAAAAAUUAUGAAUAUACUAACGUUUUUCUUAUUGUGAUUCCUACUUCCAUACAACCUUCUUGUUUGGAAUAUAAAUACCUUCCUGCUCAAUUGUGUUCUGAUAUGGGUACUUAUCGAGUGAAUUAGCUUCCAAGAAUAAGCAAUAAGAUUAGCUGGGUCGUUAUAGAAAUUAUAACAGCGUUGUAGUAGUUUAAAUUUAUCGACUCAUGAAAAUUAUCAUUUUUCAGAAAUCCUCCCUUCUCGAUGCUUUAUCUGCAUUUCAAGAUAUGUGUUUCUGAAAAAGUGGUCUACUCCGUCUUCAGGUAAAAUAUCCCCAUAUUUUUCAGGAAAUAUAAACCAGUAGAUUUUGAGUAAACUGUAAUGCACCCAAGUCCGCUUGUUCGAUUACUUUAGUCUUCUUUUUUUCAACAGUUGAGACUUGCUGUUCAGUACGAAUCAGUACCGUGUGGAAACGAAUCACUGAAACCUGUCCCAGCAGUGACACUAUUGCUACCAGUUGCAGAUCUUAAAACAUCUGGGUCAUCUGUCUGUCCAAACGACAUAGACAUCAGUGAGUCACUGUUGUCUAAUGGUUUGGUCUGUGUUGAACCUAUCCAGCCUCAGCUUCUUAAACGACUACCACGCAAUCUGCUCCACAAGUAUCUAGAUGCGCAAGCACUAGCAAAAAAAGAACGUAAAAACAUUUGGCGAUAUGGUGACUUUCGUGCAGAUGUGGAACAGCUGUGAUAUACAUUGCACAACAGUUAGAACCAAAAAUGUGCCUUUAAAAUACCAGCUGAAUAUGAACGACCACCGCCCAACAAUAGCAUCAACCUUAUGCUCUGAUUCAUUUUGUCUGUUGCUUACUAUAUGUUUUAAGAGUGCACUUCAUUGUUGUGUUUGUCUUGGAAUUUCAGGUAGCUAUUCUUCCUUUUUUUUAAAAAUGUAAAAAGCAGGUUUACUUUAGUUUGUCAAUAUCUAUGAUAUUCUUGUUGUUCAUUGGACUCCCUACGUACAAUAUAAAACUAAUGUUAUAAAAACCAGUUUUUGUUAGUAAACUACUUUAAUUUCUAACUUUAGUCACUUGUAUUUUCGUUUUCCUUGUCAAAUGUUUUAAACUAUUAUAUCUGUGGCAAUUAUGUUAAUUAUACGAAAUUAUGCUCCUAAAUAUUUCUGUACUCAGUAAUGUAUGUUUACGGUAAUAAACUGUGAUUUUGUUUUGUAUGGUUGCAUUUAAAUGAUCACAAUGUGCUACAUGCAUCUUCAUGAAACUU